CACUGAUGAUUAUAUGAUCUAGAAAAGUGCUACAAACUAACAGGGAUAGCCUAUAAUGUAAAAGUUUUUAGAAUUUAUUUAUCUCACAUUUACACAUGACAUCUCUUUUAUUUCAAAACUGAACAGAACUACAGAACAUUCUCUUUGUCUUUUCUUCUACAGAACAAAGUCUUAACAGAACUUUUCAUCUCAUAGAGAAGAACCUGACUCUUAUGGAGUGUAGCAGGAACUACACUAAUCUGGUGACUAUACAUAACGAAAGUCAAAAUGCUGAACUGAUUAAUCUUACCAACACUCUGCUGCCUGCAAACAGUAAAGUCUGGAUUGGUCUGAAGCGCAGUAAUUACAGUUUUAAAUGGUCUAAUGGUGAUAAUGUUAAUAAAUUCAAAAAUCUGUCUGGAAGCUGUUGGAAAAUGCCCUGCUGUGCUGCUAUGAUAACUAAUGGCUCAUGGAUCAAUAUGUUGUGCACAGAGAAAAGAAACUUCAUGUGUUAUAAACAAGAUCAGACUGAACACAACUACAGCUAUCACCUGAUCACUGAGAAUAAGACCUGGUAUGAAGCUCAGAGUUACUGCAAGAAUAGAUUCACUGAUCUGGUCAGCAUCAGAGAUCAGGAGCAGAAUGAAAAAGUGAGGAAAGAAGGGAUGAAGAGCAGCACUCUCUUCUGGAUUGGUCUGCUGCGUGAUGACUGGCAGUGGGCUGAUGGAGGAAGAUCUGCUUACAGAAACUGGGGGGCUGGAGAACCUCGACCAUCAACAACAACAUCAGACUGUACACAGCUGAAAAAUGGGACAUGGCAAGCAGUGACAUGCAGUAGUAAGGUGGAUGCUGUUAUGUGCUACAGAGCUACAGAAAGUCGUAACAGAACUUUCCAUCUCCUUGUGAAGAAUAUGAAUCAGUCUGAAGCUCGAGCAGCUUGUAGAGAGAACUACACUGAUCUGGCCACUGUGCACAAUGAUAUAGAGAAUGCUGAACUGAUUAAUCAGAUCAACACAUCUGAUAAGCUGUCUGAAAACAGUAAAGUCUGGAUUGGUCUUCAGCGCAGUAAUUACAGUUUUAAAUGGUCUAAUGGUGAUAAUGAUAAUAAACUCAAGAAUCUGUUUGGAAGCUGUUGGAAAAUGCCCUGCUGUGCUGCUAUGAUGGCUGAUGCAUCAUGGGACAAUAUAACGUGCACUGAGACAAGAAACUUCAUGUGUUACAAACAAGUUAACCUCACCUCAGUCAGCUAUCAUCUGAUUACUGAUCAGUCUAAGACCUGGUAUAAGGCUCAGAAUUUCUGCAGGAGCAUCUACACUGAUCUGGUCAGCAUCAAAGAUCAGGUCCAGAAUGUAGAAGUGAUGAAAGCAGGGAUGAACAGCAGCACACCCUUCUGGAUUGGUCUGCUGCAUGAUGACUGGGAGUGGGCUGAUGGAGGAAGAUCUGCUUACAGAAACUGGGAGGAUGGACAACCUCGACCAUCAUCAUCAUCAUCAUCAUCAAACUGUACACAGCUGAAUGUGAAUGGGAAAUGGCAAACAGUGCCAUGCAGUAAUGUUGUGGAGGCCAUUAUGUGCUACUAGGGCUGGUUUUAGUUUGCUAUUUUAGGGUGGCUGGUAAGAAAAAUAGGUGGGUAAUGUGGUUGGUAAAGAGCUUUAAUAUAAGUAUGUGAUCUAAAUAUAAAAAUGUAGAAAAUCGUUAAUACAAUAUCAUAAACAAAUAUAACCGGCAGUGAAAAACAAAAUCAACAUGGAAUAAAAUGAUCAUAAACAAGGGACAUCUCAUAUUAAGGUUCUACAAGAUUUUACUUAAUAUAUUUACAAAUCAUAAUCAUACAGGGACUAAACUGUCUGGGACGGGGUUAAACUUCUUUUAGUGAGAAAUAAAUUCAUAAUAAUGAUUGAGAUUUCAUUUUGCAAAUGUUUAACUAAUUGACUACAAGUUAAAAUGGUCACAAACUAUUUUUGAGGUAACUUUCCAUUU